UGGGCUUUCCGACACUGGGCUCCAUUUAGCCAUUCACAUUUGUGCUGACAUACAUAUGUAUUUGCAUACAUACUAAUUAUCCAAUCAUAUCAGAACUCAAUUUGGCGCAGAAUAUGAUGUCGACCCUACCAGUUGAGAUUGGCAGUCUGAGAGGCCUAGAAGUCCUCGAUUUUUCAUACAACGCAUUUUGUACAAUGCCCGAUGUAGUUUUCCAGUUGCCGCAUUUGACCAUUUUGCAUGCUCAUGGCAACCACAUUAACGAAAUUGAUCUAACAAAGCCAAUAGAGACCGACCGAUUGGCUUUGGUAGACUUGCGUUACAAUCCUCUAAGUCGCGAAUUUUGUCGCAACCUAAUGAGCAUUAAAAUUACUUUCCGUGUGGCACUUUACGACGAAGGACACUGCGACCACGGACUCGACGACAACGACGCUGAUUCGGAUUAACUAGCGCUAAAACGGUACCCAUCCAAAGACGUUUUCCAAGAACAAUGAGUAAAAUGUAUCAUUUCAUUUAAUUUCUGGUGCGAAUGGUAUGGCACAACGCAUACAUAUAUGCUUGAGAAUAAACCAUUUAAAAGGACAAGUAA